AUGUUCGACAAGAAGAGGGCUUUACUAGCGCUCUUUGUCUAUUGGCCACUUUGUCUUUCCGCCGCAGCUACCCCGGUAUUGUCUUUCGUGGGCACAUUUGAUAACGCUACACGGAUUGGGCCUCAUCAAGACGUAGCCCUCAAAGUACUACCACAAAGCCUGAGCAGACCUGGACCCAAGAAUAGACAGAUUGCCAAUUUCACGGAGAAUCCAAGCUGUGGAUUAGUGGUACCAACGACGGAAAGCUGGAAGCAGUAUCAUACGGAGAUCAAAAAGUGGUUCGAAGAACAAUGGGUUCUAUUCCAGAAGAAUCCCGGCUACAAAUCCCUACCGCUCUACUUACGCGAUCAAUUUGCUCCCAACGCGGCACCAAGCUCUCAAUUCUGCGAUACUUUCGGAACAUGCAGUAUCAUCAGCUGUAGUAACUUGAAGGAAGACCUCUCUCAGCACGACAAACAGAUGGCCUACUUUGUCUUUGAACAGAUAUCUGGGCUUGAUCACAUGUUUCACCGCAUGAGCAAGAAGCUAAAGGAGAACCGAAAGACGGAACAGCUUAUAAUGUCCAUUGUACAAGCUUAUGGACUUCUCGGCGCUGGCUAUGUGGGCCUUGAUAUACCAGUGAUUCCCUUCAAAGAGGUGUUCUUAUUCGAGUUGAAUAUCUACCUUGGUAUCUCACAUGUCCUUAAUACUGCCUGGGGCGAAGUGCCAAAUAUCGAUGGCGACCUGGAGGCCUCCUUUCGCGGUUCGUUGAACGAGCUUCAGCACAGAAGUACGCAGUGCAUUACCCAGGAAAUGCGAGACUUCAUGUCUGGGGAGACAAACCGUCUGGAGCAGAACAUGUCCAGCAUUAUGAAAGGAGAAGACUUCUUCGCACCUGACCCAAAUCUGACGAUCAGGGUCAAACGAGACUGUGAGAAGAUCAUGUUUGCGGUCGCCGUGAAUGCGCUAUGGCGAUUUGAUAGAGCUUAUAUCCUCGACACAGACGCACCGCCAUCCGGCUGUGAGUCCGACACGCGCGGGCCCUCUCAGAAUCGCGUCUGUCUCCCCGAGUUCUCGAAAAAAACUUUCUGGCUUUAUGCUCUCAACCCAUCUCAAGAGGGCGAUACAAGUGAUCAAGCGCAGGCAUCUGGACCAAUAGGCUACCGAAAUUUCUUCAACGAGACCGAGCGAUAUUAUAACAUCACAAUGAAAGAUAUCGUCCGCUCUUCUUUAUUCACACAUCAAAACGGCCUCCAAGAGGCUAUCGAAAAGAUCGAUUUCAAACGUAUGGGUGAGGCGGCUUCUGGAAAUAAGACCCUCGGGAAAGUGCCUGCCACGUUCACGGUUCCUGUCUGUCGUAACCCAGGAGGCGAGUCCAUAACGAGCGUAUGGUCGGACAAAGGUCGCAACUAUCCGUGCAUGUGCGGCGAAUUUGGCUGGAAUGACGGCACAUGGUCGAUCCAAAAGGACGAGACUAAGAAAUUCUUGGAGUUUAGUAGUUUUAUGUUCUCUGAAGAUUGGGAAGACUACUGCUCUAGUCAUAAUCACUGCAAGGGCCAAAAUGACAUCGACUGGCAUUCCGAUUUUGAAAGAAUGCGCAAGGAGGGCGAUCCUGAGAUCCCCGAAGACUUAAAGCAUCCUUUCAAGAAAUGUAAAGAGUCGAAGAAGCAUAGCAUUGGUGACCCAGAUAAGGACUUUGACAACAAGACUAGGGCGGCUGUGGAGCAGGACAUGGGAGACGAAAAAGGUGUAAAGCUCAUCUAG